AUGUGUGUUGUUUCUGCCGUCGUCCUGAUAGGCUGUGUCCUUGCGUGGCAUGUAAGCCCUAUGAAAGGCCAUGUCCUUGAGUGGCAUGUACUCCCGCCAUUAGGGAAGUCUUGGAAAUCUUUGGCUCUACCCAAAAGUCAAGGAGGCCUAGGCUUCAUGGAUAUUCUUUUGCUCAACAAAGCCUUAAUUGCCAAACUAAUUUGGAGAGUUCUCACCAAAUCCAACCUCCUUAUUCCAAACCUGAAGGAUUUCAAACCUUCCUCAGUCAACAGGGAACAUUCUCUGCUUUUGUGGGUAAAAGAUCUCAUUGACUCAACUGGGAGGAAUUGGAACUUGCAUCUGCUUCAGCAAACCUUCUCAAAAGACUCAUUUGGGAGUUCCUAUUUUGCAAAACUGGUGGCUAAAAAGUGGAACCUUAUGGAUCAAGCUGAGAGCAGCAAGGAACAACAUACCUCUCCUCAGAAAUGUCUAGCUAACAUCCUACCAGUGAGUUGCAAUCUCCUCAAAAAAGGUGUAAAUGUUGACAACGCCUACUCAUGCUGUGGGGAUGGCCCUCAGACUUUAGCUCAUCUUACAUGGGAUGGCCUAAAUCUGAAACCCAUAACUUUAAGGGUUGGUGGACCAAAAUGUGCUCUCUCAGCAAAUCUGCAAUCUCUGAAGCAAGAAUACAACUCUCAACAUACUUGCUUUGGUGGCUGUGGAAAUUUAGAAAUCUAUGGCUCUUCCAAAGCACCUUAA